AUGCGUUAUCAAGACUAUUCAUCAGAAGACGAAUACAAAGAGACACACCUCAGUAGGGAUUCAAAGAUCCCUUGGUCUCCUCAAGACUCUGUUUCAAAAAGACGUGAAGAAGAAUGUGUUGUUGAAAAUAAACCAACGCGUACAAGUAGCUUUCUUGCUCGGUUCGGGUCCAUUCCUAUCAUCAAGGAUAGUCUAAACACCACCCUUGGCGUUGUGAAUAAAUAUUCUCUUGGGCGAAUGGCUCUAAUUCAGGCCGAAAAAACAGUUUCAACAAUGUGUAGCCGCGCGGAUUGGCCUCUCAACAGUACAUGGGAGCAUAUAAAUGAAUUUGGCCAUAGCUUACUGGAUGAUAUAGAACAGGCAUUUCCGCUGGUCAAUGCACCCACUCAAGAUCUUGUAGAGUCUUUUGAAUCGCUCGAAAUUAAGGAAAGAGUAUUGGAUACCUUUGACACAAUACAGACCCUGCUGAUUCCACAACAACAGCUGGAUAGUCUACUCGGAACUGUAGAGACUACAAUCGAUCACUAUCUUCCGGAAAAGGAGCCUAACCACCAGGCCUCGGACGAGCCUCGUUUAGUCCGAAUCCAGCACAUGGUCACCACAAUUUUACCACGCCUAGAACAAAGGGUGUGUGAACCUGGUCUGACUCUAUUCUUGCCGCUCUUGUCUGUUAAAAACGGCCUGUAUAAUUAUGCAUCUGAUAUUUUUAAAGCACCUUAUAUGCAGGUGGUGUUGACAACUGUGCAGGGUGAGAGCACAGCACUACGCCAAGAAAUUGAAAGAUCAGAUGUAUCGCUACUAGAGAAAGGACGGAACUUGGUCUUGCUAACUCAGACACGUAUUAUGAUUCCUCUUUUGAAUCAGUCUGCCGACUAUCUACAAGAACGAGUGGAGCUAUAUAGGCUUGCAGUCCAGCAUAGAAAGAGAGAGAUGUGGAUAGAAUUAUUGAAUCGUAUGGGACAUUUUGAGCCAACAUGUACACCAGUUCAAUGA